CUUUCAUGCGCUGAGUAACAUUCAGCUGACCCGUGGGCGUGGCCUUGCAUAUUAGCAACCUUCACAAAGCUGCCGGGCCAGUCAGUCAGGUGACUCGUUCUACUAACAGGGUUCGCCAUGAAGAAGUUCGCGGUGCUGGUUUGUGCUCUGGCAGUGGUUGCAGCAACUCCCUUGUUUGGGACAGAACAGUGUGCUAAGGGACCUGAAGUCUGGUGUGAGAAUGUGAGGACUGCGUCUCAGUGCGGUGCAGUUAAACACUGCCAACAAAAUGUUUGGAACAAGCCCACCGUGAAAUCUAUGCCAUGUGACUUCUGCAAGGAGGUAGUAACAGUGUUGGGAAACUACCUGAAGGACAACAUUACACAGGAUGAAAUUAAGCAAUAUUUAAAUAAAGUCUGUGACUUUAUCCCUGACCCUGGUUUGGCUUCCACCUGCAAACAAGAAGUGAGCGAUUACUUCACUAUUGUCCUGAAUCUUCUUGAGCAAGAACUGAGUAAUCCUGGUGUGCUGUGUUCUUCCCUUGGUUUGUGUACAUCUCUUCAGCGGCAUCUGGCCAGUCUAAAACAACCCACACAAUUACUCACCAAUGAGAUACCAGAUGUGGACGCUGCAAAACUGGUUUAUCCUUAUAUUGUUAAUAUUCCUCAACUCCUCUAUCCCCAAGAAAAGACUCUCAAGGAGCCAAAGACUGGAGAUAUCUGCAACGACUGUACAAAGUUAGUCUCUGAUGUGCAAGAUGCCCUCCGAAGCAAUUCUUCAUUCUCCAAGAAAUUGGUGGACCAUUUUUUGCAGGAAUGUAAUCUGCUCGAUCCUGCUAUUGCAGAAAUGUGCAAGUCUUACAUUAACCAGUAUUCGGAUAUAGCCAUACAAGUGCUACUGCAAAUGGAUCAGCAACCGAAACAGUUGUGCGGUAUGGCCGGAUUCUGUGACCAGGAAAAAUCAACACCUCUGCAAAACAUUAUUCCAGCUAAAUCCCUUAUUCCUGCAGUAAAGGUACAACCAGCUGUUAAAAUCACAAAGAAUCCAUUGCCUGGAAACAAUGUGCUCUGUGAAGUCUGCGAACUUAUGGUCUCUCAACUUGAAAAACUUUUAGAUAACAACAGAACAAGGGAGAACAUAAAACACGGCUUGGAGAAAGUUUGCAAGCUUCUUCCUUCUCAAUACACCCAAAAGUGCGAGGACAUGAUUGAAGAAUAUAGUGAUGCCCUGAUUGAGCUCCUGGAACAGGAGGCAAAUCCUCAAGCCAUUUGUACUGCCCUAGGAUACUGCAGUGGCAGCAAGAACCUAAAAAUUGUAAAAAUAAGUGCAGAGAAGGCGGCAGCUGGAGAUUACUGUGCUGUGUGCAAGAUGCUUAUGCGAUAUGUAGAUGAGCUUCUGGAGAAAAAUGCCACUGAAAUAAGGAUCAAGGCUUUUCUGGGUAGAAUCUGUAACUUUUUACCAGAUUCCAUGCAAAAUGAGUGUUCUGCUUUGGUGAAUGAGUACGAGCCUUUGUUCAUUCAGUUACUUCUGGAAGCCCUGGAUCCCUCUUUUAUUUGCAUAAAGGUGAACCUGUGCCAAAAUAAGAAGGUGCUUUUGGGAACGGAGAAAUGCAUGUGGGGUCCCAGUUAUUGGUGCAAAGACAUGGAAACUGCAGCAAAUUGCAAUGCUCUUGAACACUGCAGGCGUCACGUGUGGAACUGAAAUUCCACCCCCCCCCCCCCAUCUUGUGAAGAUUCCUCAGACUGAAGAAAUCCCCCCCCCCCCCCAGUGAAAUAAUGUGCCCUUUCUGCUUCCAACCCUUUCUCACACCCUCCUCUUAGGUCUCCCUUGAAAGAUUUUUUUUUUUCUUGUAGGGAGGAAAAAUGUAAUUCUUUGCUGUAUAUAUUUGUUAAUCUCUAAUGAUUUCAAGGUUAUGUAGGAUAUUUUUAACAUUUUUAACAAUCUGAUGGGUUUUUUUGUCUGGUUCUCCAAAAUAUUUUCUUCCCCUUCUUAUUGCCUAAAAAAAAUCAAGUUCUUCGGUUGGUUUGAUCUAGUGCAUUUGUCCCAUGAUAUUUACUUAGUCUUUUUUAAUAGGAUGCCUGGUCUUUUUCCAAUAGGGUAGUUUAGGUACAAUCUGAUUAAAGGACCAGUGACAAUUUUUUUUUUAAAGAUUUGUACAUAAGAAAUAACUUACUGAUAUUCUGCUUGCGCACCUCUUCAGAAAAGGCAGCAGAGUGAUGAUCCAUUGUGCGGCGCUUGAUUUCUCCUCCCUGGCUAUCUCCUAUAGAAGGCAGGAAGGAGAAAUCGAAGGCUGCACAAUGGAUCAUAGCUCUGUCGCCUUUUCUGAAGAGGAGCGCAAGCGGAGUAUUGGUAAGUUAUUUCUUAAAUACUUUGUGAAUUUAAAAUUAAAUGUUUGUUUUUUUUUUGUUUUUUUUCGUUAUGUACAAAUGAAUUUAAAAAAAAAAAAAAUAAUUACUGGUCCUUUAAGGUGGGCUCUUAUGCCUGAGUACUGCAAGCCAUAACCCUGUCUCUUAAGGAUUAAAAGUGCCUCAAAUUAUAAUUAGACCCAAAAAUACCCAGAACAUUACUGACCGUUGAAAUUGCUGCAGGUCAGUCAUUUGCAUAGAAAUGCUUGGCAAUUAUUUCUUUUGAACAAUUAUGUUUUUAUUGACAUACCUGCAGUGAUUCCUGUGUUUGCCAAUGUUCGGGUAUUUUUGAGCAUUUUGGUGCCCUAACGUGGGAUGUCCUCAACAUUGAGGUAAACUACAUCUCCCACCCUCUAAAACAUAUGCUUGCAGUUGAAGCUGAGGGGAAUUUGCUAACAUGGCAUGCUUUGCAUGUAUGCCUAUUCAUUUGAUUUAGACUAGUUUAGUUGAACAAAUGUUUUGACUAAUAGAUUAAUCAUGGCUCUGGCAAUAAUAGUAGUGAACACUGAUCUUUCAGCAGCUGAGUUGUCCUGGAAUAAAAGUGCAGUCUUACUGGAAGUGGUUACUGUGCUUGCCUCGCACUGCUCACGAUCUUAUUAAGCCAGACCUGAAUUCCAUAUCAAGGCUGCCCUUCUGUCCUGAGACUGCACCUUUUGUAUGAAUAAUAGAAUAAUAUGCAUUUAUAGACAACUAGAUAAAUAAUUUAGGGUAAAAGAGGUUUCAUGGAAGUCUGUCUUUGUUUUUUCUCUUUAAAGCUGCUAAAUUGACAAUAAAAUUCUUUAAACAUG